AGUGGGCGGGCCCGGGCGGCUCCUCCCGGCGGCGGCGGCGAAGAUGGCAGAUUUUUUGAAGGGGUUACCAGUCUACAACAAAAGCAACUUCAGCAGAUUCCAUGCGGAUUCCGUGUGUAAAGCAUCCAACAGACGCCCAUCAGUUUAUCUGCCCACGAGAGAGUUUCCCUCCGAACAAAUCAUAGUAACAGAAAAGACAAAUAUCCUCUUGCGUUAUUUACACCAGCAGUGGGACAAAAAGAAUGCGGCGAAGAAGCGAGACCAGGAGCAGGUGGAGAUCGAGGGGGAGAACUCGGCGCCUCCGCGGAAGAUCGCGCGGACGGACAGCCAGGACAUGAACGAGGACACUUAAACCCUGUGCUCUCCCUCCGCUCCUUCGGCGCUUCCCGCUCUGUCUCCAAGAUCCUCCCGUGCCGCUCCCAGCCCCUGGCCGGCCGCGCGUCCCAGCAGCAGCCGACGGGAUGGAGGUGGGGUUGGCACCGCUGGAUCUGCUCCGGGAGCACCUCGGCACCUCCAUCUGCUUCUCCGCCUCAUCCCUUGGCUCUGGAUGGCGGCACAGCGGCUUUUCCUGCGCGUCUGGAAUGGGAUGCAGGGCUUGGAGCGGAUCAAAACGUGAGCUUCCAUGGUCUGUGCUGACGACCAAUCCCUUUGGACUGUGACAGUUCAGUGCCUGUUGCCUGUAACCCUUCCCUGGCCCCCAUAGGAGCCGAAACGGAGACCUGUCGGUCAUCCAGGUGGAUCCAGAGGUCCAGGACUCGUGGAAAGGAGCAUCGUCACCGGGAGGGGACAGGAAAGGAGUAGCUUAGUCAUGAUGUCUUGUCUGCUUUGCCCUGAGGAGCUGAUUUCCCACUGUGGUAGCUGAAAUUGUGGCGUUCUUAGCUGUGUUUUCCCUCGUCGACAAAACCCCCCCACACCGAGGAGCCACGCGGGUGUUUUCCCAGGGAUCCUGGAGAGCCUCGCUCCGAGGGGCUGCGCUGGGCUCCGGCUUUGAGGGUUUCUGCUGGCCCUGUCCCCCCUCCCCACAACACCCCUGGCCCCCCCAGGGGUGCCCCCCAUCCACUCUGGGGGCAGAGGGGCGCUGCCCCGGCAGCGUGGUGGAAGCAGAACCUUAGGAAGAGCAGGACACGGCUCCCUCCCGCUGGAAUUCUGAACGUCCCUUUAGGCACCGAGUCUGUGAAUGAAUUUAACACCGAGUAGCUUAGACCUUUGCACCUGAGGAACACGUCCCCUUCGUGCUGUGGAGCAGAACACGUCCCCUUCCUGCUCCUGGAGGGGGCAGAUCCCGGGGGUGAUUCCCGGCAUCUCUGUGGGGUUGGGGGCUCGGGACGAGCGUUCCUGCCGGAGCCUCCCGCCCUCCAGCCGUGCUGCCAGACACGGAUCCGCCAGCCAGGAGCCCUGGGAGCAGCUCCCAGGCCCGAGGGAGGGCAGGAAGGUGCCCUGGUGGUGCAGUGCGAGCAGGGCCGGGGCUGUUCCGCGCUGUAUCCCCGCGCCCGCCCGCCUACCAUUAAAGAGCUGGCAGUUCCCUCCUGCUGUGAACCCCCUUCUGUUCCCUCUGUGUCCUUGAGAAGCGGCCUGGGAGCCCCGGAAAUGUCUGCAGGGGGUUUUAGCAGGUGAAAAAGUUGCCUUUUCCAAAGUGGUCUGGGAGUGGUGGGGAAAUGGGGGCCAAAUGAUCCGAGGGCCACGGUGGUUUGGGGUGUUGGUGCAUGAGCAGGAGGGAUUCGGGAUCCCUGCAGCCUGUCCUCCUCCCAGCCAUGGAUUUGGGAUCCCCCUGGUCUGUCCUCAACCCAUCCAUGCAUUUGUGGUUCUCCUCCCAGCCAUGGAUUUGGGAUCCCUGCAGUCUGUCCUCUUCCCCAUCCAUGAAUUUGAGAUCCCUGCAGCCUCUCCUCACCCCAUCCAUGAAUUUGUGGUUCUCAUCCCAUCCAUGUCCUCAUCCCAGCCAUGGAUUUGUGAUUCCCAGUCUGUCCUCCUCCCAUCCACGAUUUGGGAUCCCUGCAGCCUGUCCUCAUCCAUCCUCUCUGCAGCCAGAACUCGCUUCCUUCCACCUCCUCCUCCAACUCAUUCCAGGUUUUUCCCGGCCCCAGAGCACUGCCCUCGCCCCCCCUGCACUUUGAUCCUGUAUCCCCAGGGUGAGUGUCUGGGCUUGGGAUGUUCCACGGAAGAUCUUUGCCUAACUGUGACUUCCUGGUGCCUUAGUGCAUUGAAACAACAAAAAAACCCCUUGAAACCACCAAAACCUGGGAUUUUGCCCACCUUGUUUGUACAAAUUCCCGGCUCCUCCGACUUCUCCUCCUGUUCCCGGGAUCUCGUGACCCUCCGGGGAUUUUCUAUGUCUGCACAGUGGGAUUUUUAUUGUUUCUGUUACCGAUUGUUUACUAAAAUCUGGCUUUUUUAAUGAAAACUCGAGCUACUUGUCCGAGAUGGGAA